AUGAAAAAGCAGAACGUUCGUACCUUAACACUUAUUGUUUCGACGUUCAGCUAUUUGCUGGUUGGUGCGGCCAUAUUUGACGCGCUCGAAUCAAACACAGAAGAUUACUUGCGCAGACAAUAUCAAGCGGCCGAAGAAACUAUGCUCCUUUCAUAUAAUAUAACCCAUGAUGAAUAUGUUGAACUAGAAGAUAUUGUUAUCAAAUAUCAACCGCAUAAAGCCGGUGCACAAUGGAAAUUUCCAGGAGCAUUCUUUUUUUCACUUACUGUCAUUACAACUAUUGGCUAUGGUCAUUCUUGUCCUACUACAAUUUGGGGAAAAUCAUUUUGUAUGCUCUAUGCAGUUAUUGGUAUACCAUUGUGUCUUGUUAUGUUUCAAUCAGUCGGUGAACGUCUUAAUAAUUUUUCAAGUUGGUGUAUUCAAACAAUAAAAAAAUGUAUUAAAUUACGUCAAUGUGAAUCAACACAAACUGAACUUGUUAUUGUUGGUACUGUAUUAGCAGUUGGCGUUGUUACAGGUGGUGCCGCAAUGUUUCAUCAUUAUGAAUCAUGGGAUUAUUUUAAUUGUGUUUAUUAUUGUUUUAUAACAUUAACAACUAUUGGUUUUGGUGAUUUUGUUGCUUUACAAACCAAUGAAGCAUUAAAUACGAAUGUUUUUUAUGUUGUUUUAUCGAUGACAUUUAUUCUUUUUGGUUUAACUGUUGUUGCUUCAUCGAUGAAUUUACUUGUAUUAAGAUUUUUAACAAUGAAUACUGAAGAUGAACGUCGUGAAGAAAUUCAAUCAGCAGUUGCACGUAAUUCACUUCAUUUCGAUAGUGAUAUCAUUACUCCAAAUGGUACUCUCAUUCCAUAUCCAUCUCCUGAACAUUUCGAAUAUUUAUCUACUGAAUUAACACCAUCAGAAUCAGAACCAUGUCAUUGUUGUUCAUGUUUUAAACCGAAAAAGAAAGAACGUAAAAAAUUUACAGUUCGUCGUAUGCCCGGAAAAGUCACUCAUCUUGUACCAAUGCAACGUUUCGAUUCAAUUAUAGUUCGACGAACAAUAUCAAUGGGUAAACCGUCCACUAAUGAUUAUCAUUUACAAACACCAACGAAACCGCCACAAUUAACAAUGAGAUCAACUUCGAAAAAUAAAUCAUCUUUCGAUGAAUCAUUUGAUACUGGUUGGUCACCAUCACAACCUAUGCAUAUAUCUACAUCAAUUAAUUCAUUAAAACCGACAUAUGAACAAGCUACAAAUGUGAAUAAUACUAAUGAUCCUAAUAAUAUUCUUUCUUCAAAGAGAUUAGAAACAAUGUUAACUCGUUUUCAACAAGAUAUCGAAUUGACUUCAUAUCGAUAUAAUGUAAAACGAUCUUCUGUGUGA